AUGUCUAACCUUACGCCUUUGUUUAGGAAAUACGUGGAGGUGAUUGGUGAAGCUAGGGAAGGAGAUGUAUUAGUAGUAUCAGAGGUGGAGGUCAAGAAGAGGAAGCAAUGGAGAACCAAAUUUACAGUCAGCGACACAUUUCUAGAGGAAUGUAGCGAUCUUCUAAAGCAUAUAAUAGAAUUGAGGAAGGUUAUUUUGUCUUUACAAGUAGAAUAUCUGGGCGAGGUUGAUAUGUCGGAACAAGAGAAGAAUGAUUUUGAUGUUGAGGUUAGGUUACAGUUGCAAGAAUAUUUAGAGAAGCUCAAGCAUAUGGAGAAAUAUGAACUGGAACGACAAAAGGUUGUAAAUACAAAAUUUAUAUCGGGCACACGUUUAGACUUGGUAGGCAUGCUGAGUGGACGGUCGCAGGAAGUCGCGGAUUUCCAUAGCACGAAUAAUCAGUAUAGGACAGGUGUGUUACAAUCACUAGGCAUGUGGCUGACGUCUACUUCAUCGCUUUUAUCCCAAAUGCAGCGAGAAAGGCUCUCGCGACAGAAAGAACUGGAAUCUAUAGAUUUUAAUGCCCAUUUGUAUGUUCCGACGAACUCUGUUGGCACUGUUGCACAGUCGCCGACAAUUGAAACGACGCAGGACGAGAUCAAGCAAUACAAAGAAACCAUGUCCAAGCUCACACAGGAGCAGAUACAAGUUUUAGAGACAGAGCAUGAAGAGCUACUGAAUCAAAAAUCUCAGGAACUUGAAAGAGUGCAGAAAUUGUCCAAAGCGGUCAUGGAAGUAGCAUCUUUGCAAAACGAAUUGAGCACUCAUUUACAGAUUCAGACGCAGAAUAUCAAUACAUUGCUUGACAAUAAUGAUGAUGUUGAACUGGACAUUCAACAGGGUAACCGUCAACUAAGAAAGGCACAAGACCGUGGAGGUAAAUCGGCUAAGUUGGUUAUAUACAUGGCUAUUAUUUUUGGCUUAUUAAUUUUAUUUCUUGAUUAUAUAAAUUAG